CGCGCUGCUGACGAGCAGAGAGGUCAAUGGCAGAGUUUCAGAGCCAUGUGAGACUGGAUACAGACUAUGUUAUGUUUAUCGCUUUUAUUCCCUAAGGUUGGACUGAGAACAGUUGCCAGAUACCUCGCGCUUAUGUGAGUGAGUCAGACUGUUUGCCGCAAGACCGAGUGUGGUUUCUUCGCUGCAAAUUGAGUUAGCCAAGUUAGCUUAGCCACCGCCAUUGCGGGAGAGUCCCUACUCGCAUUUUCCCCUGUAUGUAACGUUAUGUCGGAGGGGAUCGCAGGACCUGCGGAGCUUCAGUGGACAUGUCGGGUGUCGUGGAUGGACUUCUCUUGCUGCUGGGUGAGGCUGAGGACUGCGCUGCUCAUCGCUGCUGUGCAUACAAGGGAUUUUCCUCGCGGUAGGAGUUAUUGCCAUUGGCCAUACGGAGGUUAAAGCUGGAGUCUACGAUGUUGGAGAGAUUUGAAAGUUGCAUCUUCUCCACACUCUUCCUCCUCCCUCCUGUGCUCCAUCUGACGUCAUGCGUCCUCCCCUCUGAGCUCCGUUUCGCCCUCCCCUUUCCACCGCCUACCGACACACCUCCUCAGGUGGGAAAAGGAGCCGGCACAGCGUGAGUUUUGAGAGGAGAGAGAGGACUGACUUGCACCAAGAGCAACGUUAUCACUUACAGAGUUCACAUGACAGCACAUCAGGGUCCCCGGCUCCGAGCACGUCCACGGGCCGAGGUCGCGCUCGAGGCUGCGGACGAAGGGGUUGAGGUGGGAGAGGAGGAAGAGGUAGAGGACGGCGAGCCGGCUGCGGUUUACUGUUGGAACUACAGCUUUAACCGGAGGACCUGCAGCGGAUACAGGCUCUCCAAGCAGAGCGGAUCGCUUAUGAGAUCCCAGCACUGUGAAGCCAAGGGCUGAGUUAAAGGACGACAUCAAGACAUCUUCCCUCCAAGAUGCUGUACUGUCCUGUGAGCCAGAAAGCAAACACCAGCAUAUUUCUCCCAUCAAACCAAACAGACAAGGUGACUUCCUUGAACCUGUUCACCAUUUCCCUCCAUGGCAUUUUCGCUUCCAUUGGUAUAUUCGAAAACCUCCUCAUCCUGGGAGUAGUGGGCUUCCAUGUCCGUCGCUCUGUCAUCAGCAUCUGGAUCCUGAACCUCGCUGCCUCUGACCUGCUGGCCACCUCUUCCCUGCCCUUCUUCACCCUCUACAUGGCCCGCGGCAACACCUGGACCUUGGGCCCGACCUUCUGCCGCAUCCAUUCUUCCAUCUUCUUUCUCAACAUGUUUGUCAGUGCCUUCCUGCUGGCGGCCAUUUCUAUGGACCGCUGUCUGGUGGUGCUGAGACCCGUCUGGGCGCAGAACUACAGGAACAUCCGACUAGUGGGGAAGAUUUGUGGGGUGCUUUGGGCCUUAGCUGUGCUGUUCACCAUCCCCUUCUACAUCUUCCGUGAUACCAUUCCUCUUCCUGGUGGCAAGAUCCUGUGUUACUACAAUUAUGCUCGCCUCCUCCCUGCUGAACCCUUUGACCUAGAAGCUUUGUGUAAGCAGCGUAAGGAGGCCUUGGCCCUCAUGAGACUCUUCCUCGCCUUCCUGAUCCCUCUACUGAUCAUCAUCCUGAGCUAUGCUGCCGUGAAUACCAGCUUGGCGCGCAGAGGCUGUCGACGCCCUUUCCGUUUCGUUCGGCUCGUAGUGGCUGUGGUGGUGACUUUUAUUCUCUGCUGGGCUCCGUACCACUUCUUCAUAGUCUUGGAGGUGAUGGCCCCCAAUGGGCAUUCUGCACAGAAAUUUGCAAGCCGUGCGCUCCCAAUCGCAGCAACUAUCGGCUUCCUGAACAGUGUCCUUAACCCCAUUCUGUAUGUGUUCAGCUGCCCUGAUCUGUGCAGGAAGAUCAGACACUCUCUGGGUGCGGUGAUGGAGAGCGUUCUGGCUGAGGAUCUGGCAGAGCUGUCCCGGCGCCGCAGCACCGCUCGCACCUCUCUCAGCAACACCACCGAGGUUAUGUUAAAGAAGAAUGCUAUUACCACCUAUACAAAAGCAGAUGAGCAAGACCAAACUGAAAAUCUUGUUAACCCUGCUCAGAGCUGAACGAUAAUAUUGCGUUAAUGCUCUAACAGUGCCCAGGCUAUUAUUUGCUUCUUUAAAACAUAUCUAUAUACGACACAGGCCUUUAUUGUAACAAUUAUAGCUUAGCAUAUUUCAGUUAGAAGUUAGUGUUCUGAUCUGCUCCAGUUUGAAUUUGCUGUUGAUAGCAAUUGAUGUUAAUUCCAAAGCAAAACGUAUACCAUGUUUACCUGCCAUCUCUGUAAAUACUUACACUACAACAACAGUUAAGACAUACUCAGCUAUCUACUGCUGAGAAAUAUAGUUUUCAUCCACCUCCUAUCACUUUCUAAUUCCCUUUGCUUCCAUGAUGGGUUUGUUUGAGUUGAUGCUGUCAGUGAAAUGCAAUUCUUCCUGCACUGAUGUUUCAAAGUAAAACCCAUCCAGUGGCUCUGAAAGUGUUCGGUGCUUCAUUCCAAAGUGGUGGGAAUAAACAAGAGAGGUAGAUGAAUAAUAAGGAAAUAACCUAAACAAACAGAAAAAAAUAAAUAUCUCUUUGUGCUCAAAACAUUAUUACAUUUAAAGGGAUAGUUCACCUCAAAAUCAAAAAUACGUAUCUUAGUGUGCCUUUACUCAUGAGCAAGUGGCUAAUGCUCAUGACAGUGUGAGGGUAAGCUGUUGCGUUAGCUAGCUCAGUGGUGCUAGGUGAGCUAGCAGUAGACUCACGCUUUUUUCUGCGCAGUGAUAAAGUUGGUGAGUGUAAUCUGCUCACAACAAGGUCUGUGGGUUAUCUUGGGAAACCAGGUCGUGAUUUCUGGAAAGAGACAUUGCUGUUGAAUUUUUCAUAUACAUUUUUUUGGCACUUUGAGCACCACAAGCCGAGUACCAUCUAGUUCCAUUGUACUGGAGAGAAGGCAGGCAUCUCUAAGGCCAAUAUCUCAGACACUCGGCAACUCACACCAAAACUAUCCAGACUGAUAAACAGCACUACAGCUAACAGGAAAAAUAUGUAUUUUUGAUAAUGGGAUGAACUGUCCCUUUAAAAUAAUUAACUAAGACAUGCUUUCAGUUAGGGGACAGGGCCCACUGGAUGCAAGUCAUAAAUCUUACCAACAAGUUCAACUGGAAUAACCCCCUUCAUUCUUGGUAGGCUUUUACUUUGAAAGACAGGCAGGAAGUAUUACAUUUCAUUGGUAGAAACCUAAUCAUUUAAAAAAGACAGCCGAGUGGAUUUAGGAUUUAGAAUUUAGGAUUUAGACCCCAAAUGAAUGGCGACUGCUGGAACAAACAUACCACCUCCUUUAUGAUUUUGUUUUUAAUCAAAUGAUUAAUAGAUGUGUAUAUUUUGGUGGACGUACAUUAUUGCUCCUUUUUUUUUUUGCCUCUAUGACUUCAUAAAAGGAUCGCGCUGUAAGUCACAGACACAUGAGGUUAAAAAAAGAAGAAAAAAAAACAUUUCUCUCACCUGAUGUUAUCAGUUGCUGCAGUUGCUACAUAAAGUAUGCUCUUGCUUCUAUAAUAGAAAACAGAUGAUAGAGAUUAAACGUUGUACUGUAUAUAUGCUCCAAUGCUUAAUACUUUCAACUUAUGUAAUGUCUGUAUGUUUUAAUGUUGGGAAGUUUGUAAACAUUAAUAAAUACAAAGGGAAGUGUUCUGCUGUUGCAGUGCAACACUUGCCUUGCUGUUAUAACCACA